CCCUCCCUGCCCGUGGCGCACCUCCCCCAAAGUCGGGUGACGGGCGUUUCCGAGCCCUGGAGGAACUCCCCGGGUUUCCCUCCACCGGCCGCGGCGAGACUGGCUCCGCCCCUCUGUAACUGACCCUGGCUCGGGCCGCAGCUCGUUGAAACCCGGGGGCUGCGGGUUUCCGACGCUUUGCACCCCCUGCAGGGGCUCUGCGGUGCUUUCCGAGGCUGGCAGGGGCGCCCCAUCCUGCAGACCUUUUCAGAACCCUCUCGACCCAGGGCCUGGAGGACCAUGACCCGAGACCUGGAGCGGCAGUUGCAGGCACUGGUUUCAACUAGGUCGCCGCCUGGCCUGGUUUGCCUGGUGCCGAGGGGUUACCCGGGACGAGGAUUUUCAGUUUUAGAAUUAGGAAAGUCCCAGGAAGCUUGGGGUGAGCUAGUCAGCCUGCUCUUAACCCUGGCUGCGCCGGGCCGCAGGAGGAGCCUCUCAUUUGGAGAUUCUAGUUGAAUUGACCCAGGUAGAUGCAUUUUUUUAAAAAGCUCCCAAGUUUAUUCUAACAAACCAACAGAGUUGAGAACCACUAGGUUACAGGCAACAGGGCUAAAUGACCGUCGCAGGUGGUUAUUUUUGAGCAGAAGUGGGCACAGACAUCUCUCAAAAGGGUGUAUGGCCAAGAGUGGUGGUCGUCUCAUGAAAAGGGGGAUCAGCACGGCAGUUACUCAUGUUGCUGUUGUCUUUCCCCACCCAAGGCCGUCCUCAUCAGUGAGGACCAAGCUCUGGUGCCCCCUCUCCCGAGGUCUCCAGGGUCAUGUGGUAUGUCAGCACCAGGGGGACUGCCCCACGUGUCAACUUCGAGGGGGCCCUUUUCUCCGGCUACGCGCCCGAUGGGGGCCUCUUCAUGCCCGAGGAGCUCCCGCAGCUGGGCAGGGAGACCCUGCGGCAGUGGAGUGCGCUCUCCUACCCCAGCCUGGUGGCCGAGCUUUGUGCCCUCUUCAUCGGCCCGGAGCUCAUCCCAAGAGAUGACUUAAAUGAUCUGAUCCACCGAGCCUUCUGCAGAUUCCGCCACCCAGAGGUGGUCCAUCUGUCCAGGUUGCGGGACGGGCUGAACGUGCUGGAGCUGUGGCAUGGGGUCACGUAUGCGUUUAAGGACCUGUCCCUGAGCUGCACAGCGCAGUUCCUGCAGUACUUCCUGGAGAAGAGGGGGAAGCACAUCACCGUGGUUGUAGGAACUUCUGGAGACACAGGGAGUGCUGCCAUUGAGAGUGUCCGGGGGGCCAGGAACGUGGCCAUCAUCGUGCUGCUGCCCCAGGGCCACUGCACGAGGGUCCAGGAGCUGCAGAUGACCACGGUGCUGCAGGAGAACGUCCGUGUGUUCGGAGUGGAGGGAAACAGCGACGAGCUGGACGAGCCCAUCAAGGCCGUGUUCACCGAUGUGGCUUUUGUCAAGAAGCACAACCUGAUGAGUCUGAAUUCAAUCAACUGGUCCCGGGUCCUCGUGCAGAUGGCUCACCACUUCUUCGCUUACUUCCGGUGUGUGCCAUCCUUAGAUGUGCACCCGCUGCCCCCUGUGGAGGUGGUUGUGCCAACAGGGGCCGCUGGCAACCUUGCAGCUGGCUGCAUUGCUCAGAAGAUGGGGCUGCCCAUCCGCCUGGUGGCGGCCGUGAACUGCAACGACAUCAUCCACAGGACUGUCCAGCGAGGAGACUUCUCUCUGUCUGAGACGGUCAGGCCAACCUUGGCAUCGGCUAUGGACAUCCAGGUGCCCUACAACAUGGAGAGGAUUUUCUGGCUGCUGUCUGGCUGUGACAGCCAGAUGACAAGAGCUCUCAUGGAACAGUUUGAAAGGACCCAAAGUGUGAGUCUACCUGAGGAACUGCAAAGCAAGCUUUCAGCGGCAGUGACAUCCGAGUCAGUGUCAGAUGAGGCCAUCACACAGACCAUGGCCCGCUGCUGGGAAGAGAACCAGUACCUGCUCUGCCCUCACUCGGCCGUGGCCGUGAGCUGUCAUUACCAGAAGGUGCACAGGCAGACGCCCAGCCCUCCCCGGUGUUGCCUGGCCCCUGCCUCUGCAGCCAAGUUCCCAGAAGCUGUCCUGGCUGCCGGACUGACCCCCGAAACUCCCGCGGAGAUCCUAGCCCUGGAGAGAAAGGAGACGCGCUGUACCCCAAUGCGGAAGGGUGACGACUGGACGCUGAUGCUUCGAGACACAAUUGAGGACAUGGGCCGGCGGUGGAGGGUCACUCCCUGAGUGCCCAGAAUAGCCAGGCUGCAGUUGGCUUCCCUUAGGCUUCGGACUCCAGGGUGGGGCGGGGGUUCCCUCUGAGCUGCCUUGAGCACCUUCUCCCUGUUAAGAGUUGGUGUGGGAGGUUCUCAGGAGGCUGCUCAGUGGGGUGUGGAGCCAGCUGGCCUUGCUCAGCCUCGCGGCUGCUCUGUGCUCUCACCAUGGUGGUGUGGUGCCAUGUCGGGGGGUAGGCAGGGGGUGUGCGUGGUCGCUGGAGGUGCACCCGCACCGCUGGACAUUGCAGGGCCUGCAGAUGAAGAGCCCUGGGCACAGAGUUGACCUUGGCUUCAGGGUCCAGGACCCCAGGCCCUAAAACUGUGCAGGUGGGGGCUGCACACUCCAUUGGCAGAGGCCUGGGGCUGCCAUUUCUGAGCGUGUUUUUCCAGAGGGUCAGUCUGCCUCGUGAGUCACCCACCCUAUGAAAGGGUCCGAAUCCCCAGACUGCAAGCGCAUGUGCAGUGGGAUGGUGACUGUGCGUGGCCUGCAGCCAAGGAUGGUGGCUGCAGGGGUGGCAGUGGCAUCACGGCGAGUGUGCACUACCUCCUGCCGCUGCUUCCAGCUGGCCCAGUGCUGCGGGGCGGCAGAUGGGCAGUGGGGUAGAUGGCAUAGCUGGGGUGCACAGGGUUGAGAUGCGGGACCUCCGGGUGUAGGCCGUGUGGAAAGUGCUCCACAAGGUGCAGACUGCGUCAGGCUGCCCUGUCCAUGGACUGGUUCGCCUGUUUCAUUAACCCAGGGCAGGCGUCACAGCAGCGAGGCGCAGUGGCCCACACUGACCACUAGGCAGAGCCUGGACACCUGCAUCUCCGUGGUGCCCUGGUCACCACAGCGCCCGGAGGAACCAGAUCAUUCUUUUCUCUGCACAUGCGACUUGCUCUCCGGUCCCCGUGCCCCUGACCCUGCACUGGCUUCUGGGAGCCCAUCCUCAGAGGAGCCCAGACCUCCACCCCCAGGCCUCUCGAGGCUCGGUUCUGUGUCCCCUGUGCUGUGGAGGCGCCUCGUCGGCCCGGCUGGGAGUGGGGACUCCUGUACCUGACUGUGAGGGCUUUGUUCCCAUGCAGUUUUCUUCCACAAUGCAGAGGGCUGGCUUUCACCGAGCCGAGCUUUACUCCUCCACUUUUUACCAUCCAGCCCUGCGUUGUCCAGUGUGGUAGCCACUAGCUGUGUGUGACUGUCGAGUACUUGAAAUGGGGAUAGUAUAACUAAGGAACUGAAUUAUAAAUUUGAUUUAAUUUUAAUUAAUUUACAUUUAAAUUUCAAAACUGUUACUUGAAUCAGUUAUUGGGAAACUUUGCAGUAUGGUUGAGAAAAUGCUGGUAUGAGAAUCUGCUUUUUCAGCUGUAAAUUUCAUGAAGCACAUAAAAUA